AUGUCUUUCUUCGCACGCCAAAUGUUUGGCCAGGUCCAGCGCCGGGCUUUCUCAGCUUCCAGCCGACAGUCCUCCAAGGUUGCUGUCCUCGGUGCCGCUGGUGGUAUCGGUCAACCAUUGUCGUUGUUGAUGAAGCUGAACCCCCGUGUCACUGAACUCGCUCUCUACGAUAUCAAGCUCGGUCCUGGUGUCGCCGCCGAUAUCAGCCACAUCAACACCAAGAGCACAGUCAAGGGCUACGACCCAACACCAUCAGGCCUCCGAGAAUGCUUGGAAGGCUCCGAGGUCAUCCUGAUCCCAGCUGGUGUUCCCAGAAAACCCGGCAUGACUCGUGACGAUCUCUUCAACACCAAUGCCUCUAUCGUCAGAGACCUCGCAAAGGCCGCUGCUGAUGCCGCCCCCAACGCCAACCUCUUGAUCAUCUCAAAUCCUGUCAACUCUACCGUUCCCAUCUGUGCAGAGGUCUACAAGAGCAAGGGAGUCUACAACCCCAAGCGCCUGUUCGGUGUGACCACCCUUGACAUUGUCCGUGCCUCCCGAUUCGUCUCCGAGAUCAAGGGAACCGACCCUGCGGAUGAGAACAUCACCGUGGUCGGCGGUCACUCUGGUGUCACCAUUGUGCCCCUGAUCUCCCAAUCCGGUCACAGCGACAUCACCGGUGCGAAGCUCGACGCAUUGAUCCAGCGCAUCCAGUUCGGUGGUGACGAAGUCGUCAAGGCCAAGGAUGGUGCAGGUUCCGCCACUCUCUCCAUGGCCAUGGCUGGUGCCCGAUUCGCCGAGAGCAUCCUGAAGGCUGCUCAAGGUGAGAAGGGUGUUGUUGAGUGCACUUUCGUCGACAGCCCCUUGUACAAGGACCAGGGUGUCGAGUUCUUCGCUUCCAAGGUUGAGCUUGGCCCAGAAGGUGUCGAAAAGAUCAACCCCGUCGGUCCCAUCACCAAGGAAGAGGAGAAGUUGCUCGAAGCCUGCCUCACUGACCUCAAGAAGAACAUCGAGAAGGGUGUCGAAUUCGUCAAGGCCAACCCGUAA